CUCUUUUUUCUUUGACCAUGUCUGACAAGAAGCACGCAAAGAAGUCGUCGGCGACCAAGAUUGCAGCGCCGACUGCUGGCUCGGUGGACACGUCGGGCUCUGCUGCGGCCGUCGCGCACAUCCCCGAUUACCACCUGCAGCCGUCCAAGGUGGCGCCGUCGCUCGACACGAGCAAGUGGCCCCUGCUGCUCAAGAACUAUGACCAGCUCAACGUGCGCACUGGUCACUACACUCCAAUCCCGUCUGGCUGCUCGCCGCUCAAGCGCCCGAUCGACGAGUAUGUGCGUUACGGCAUCCUCAACCUCGACAAGCCCGCCAACCCGUCGUCGCACGAGGUUGUCGCCUGGAUUCGCCGCAUCCUCCGCGUCGAAAAGACGGGCCACAGUGGCACGCUCGACCCCAAGGUCACUGGCUGCCUCAUUGUGUGCAUUGAUCGCGCCACCCGCCUCGUCAAAUCCCAGCAAAGCGCCGGUAAGGAGUACCUCGGCAUUGUUCGCCUGCACGGCGCCAUCGAGAACGAGCAAAAGCUUGCUCGCAGCAUCGAGACGCUGACUGGCGCCCUCUUCCAGCGCCCGCCGCUCAUCUCGGCCGUCAAGCGUCAGCUCCGCAUCCGCACCAUCUACGAGAGCAAGCUGAUCGAGUACGACCCUUCCCGCCACCUCGGUGUCUUCUGGGUUUCGUGCGAAGCUGGCACGUACAUUCGUACCCUCUGCGUCCACCUCGGUCUUCUGCUCGGCGUUGGCGGCCACAUGCAAGAGCUGCGUCGCGUUCGCUCUGGUGUCCUCACCGAGAACGACCACCUCGUCACCAUGCACGACAUUCUCGACGCCCAGUGGCAGCUCGACAACAACCGCGACGAGUCCUACCUGCGUCGCGUCGUCAAGCCCCUCGAGUUGCUGCUCGUCAAGCACAAGCGCCUCGUGGUCAAGGACUCGGCCGUCAACGCCAUCUGCUUUGGCGCCAAGUUCAUGCUGCCCGGUCUCCUCCGAUUCGAGUCUGGCAUUGAGGUCGGCGAGGAGGUUGUUCUCAUGACCACCAAGGGUGAGGCUAUUGCCCUCGCCAUUGCCCAAAUGACCACCGCCGUCAUGUCAACAUGCGACCACGGCGUUGUUGCCAAGAUUAAGCGCGUUAUCAUGGAGCGUGGCACCUACCCGCGCCGCUGGGGCCUUGGUCCCAACGCCGUCGAGAAGAAGAAGCUCAUCAAGGACGGCCGUCUUGACAAGUAUGGCCGCACCAACGAGAAGACUCCUUCCGACUGGACCAAGAAGUACGUCGACUACCGAGGGGAUGCUGCCGUUGCCCCCGCUGCCGCCGCCGCCACCACCGACGCACCGGCUGCCGCCAAGACUCCCAAGCCGCUUGUUCAAGAAAUCCGAGAGUCUGAGCCCAAGAAGCGCAAGCAUGAGAGCGAUAGCGAAGACGACCAACAACCUGCCAAGAAGGUCGCCGAGGACAAGAAGGACAAGAAGGAAAAGAAGGACAAGAAGGAUAAGAAGGACAAGGAAGAGGACAAGAAGGACAAGAAGGAUAAGAAGGAAAAGAAGGAAAAGAAGGAGAAGAAGGACAAGAACUAA